AUGUCGGUGUUCGGGAAGCUGUUUGGGGCGGGAGGGGGUAAGGCUGGCAAGGGCGGCCCGACCCCCCAGGAGGCCAUCCAGCGGCUGCGGGACACCGAGGAGAUGCUAAGUAAAAAGCAAGAAUUCCUGGAGAAGAAGAUCGAGCAGGAGCUGACAGCGGCCAAGAAACACGGCACCAAAAACAAACGCGCGGCCCUCCAGGCACUGAAGCGCAAGAAGAGGUAUGAAAAGCAACUGGCACAGAUUGAUGGCACGCUAUCAACCAUCGAAUUCCAGCGAGAGGCCCUAGAGAAUGCCAACACCAACACUGAGGUGCUCAAGAACAUGGGCUAUGCCGCCAAGGCUAUGAAAGCUGCCCACGACAACAUGGACAUUGAUAAAGUUGACGAGUUAAUGCAGGACAUUGCUGACCAGCAAGAACUUGCAGAAGAGAUUUCAACAGCUAUUUCAAAACCUGUAGGGUUUGGAGAAGAGUUUGAUGAAGAUGAGCUCAUGGCAGAAUUAGAAGAGCUAGAACAGGAGGAACUAGACAAGAAUUUGCUGGAAAUCAGUGGACCUGAAACAGUCCCUCUACCGAAUGUUCCCUCUAUAGCUCUACCAUCAAAACCCACCAAGAAGAAGGAAGAGGAAGACGAGGACAUGAAGGAAUUGGAGAAGUGGGCUGGGACCUUUAAUUAACUGGUCCGUUUCGAGCUGGGCCCAGACAGACUCUGGUGGCCUGCAAAUGGCCAGGCGUGUGCGUGUGCAGGGCAAGCAAGACGUGGUGCAGGCAGGUUCCAUCGCUCUCAAAUCUCCCUCCAGAGCAGCAGGGCUGCAUCACUGCUCACUCUGCAUAGCAUGGUCUGCACCCAGCGGGAUGGGCGGGU